AUAUUACUUUCUCAUACAAAUUCCUUGACAUAAAUCAUUAAUACUUGUUUGUGUAGCAACAAAAACAAAUGGGUUUUCGCAUACCAAGUAUUAUUAGAAGAGCAUCAUUUUCUUCAGCCCCUGCAGCUUCAAGGGGAACUGAAGUCCCAAAAGGCUAUCUUGCAGUCUAUGUUGGAGAUGAAAUGAAACGGUUUGUGAUUCAAGUAUCGCUUUUGAACCAACCUUUAUUUCAAGAAUUACUGAGUGAAGUAGAAGAAGAAUUUGGAUAUGAUCAUCCAACAGGUGGUCUCACAAUUCCAUGCAAGGAGGAUGAGUUCCUACGCCUCAUUUCUCGCUUGAAUCAGCUGUAAAUCAUGCUAAUGAAGACCAAUAGAUUA